AUGGGGCGCACAGCGGCGGGGCCCGGUCACGACUCGCGGCACCAACCCGGACCCUCGCCUCCCGACUAUCCAGGACGAUCUAGGAGCCGGCGCACUCGUGGGAAAGUGACGGUCGUGCAGACGGAAUGGCCUCGAGCCGCGCGGCGCGCUCGCUCGCGGCCCGAGAGGGGCCCAUUACAAUGCGAAACGGCGACGAGCACCGCGGGGGCGCGCAUGGUGGCGCGUCCGGGCCAGCGGCGCCGGAGCAUACACGUCGGGACCAAAGCCCGUCAGCGGACGACGGCGAGAGAUCCUCAG